UGUGGAUUCACGUGUGACGGGGGAGAAGAGAUCUGUCGAAAUUGUGUCUGUUCAAAAUUUUUAAGAAACGUUGUUAAGUUUAAGCGUUUCAAAUAUAACAGCGUUUAUUUUCUAUUAACUAGUAGUGUCGAUUUCGCUUUGUGAUGGCCGCUGUUGACAGCUUCCAGCUCUUGUAUAGAGAAAUUGCCAGAUCGUGUAAUUGUUAUGUUGAAACACUGGCACUGGUAGGCGCGUGUUACACAGCCAGCAGGGCUGUGCUUUUUAUGAGAGACUGUUGUCGUUUGAUAAGGCUUCAUUUUAUCCCUCGUCUUGUAUACCGUAGGGAUCUUAGGCAGCGGUAUGGAGAAUGGGCUGUCAUUUGUGGUGCUUCGGGGGCAAUAGCUAAAGCAUACGCUGCAGAACUGGCUAGACGUGGCAUCUGUGUGAUUCUGAUCAGCAGUGACGUCACCAAUGUAGCUGACACCGUCAGAUCUAUCGCAGACACUUACGGGGUUGAGACCAUAUUGAUCGAAGCUGACUUUAGCCAGGGACCCUCUGCCUGUAAACCUUUAAAAGAUGCCAUGCUCGGUAAAGAUAUUGGAUUCGUUAUAAACAGUCUGGAUGGGUCUCUGGAUUUCUGCAGAGACUUUCUAAACCUGUCUGAAGCUGAAAUGUGGGACACUCUUAAUAAAAAUAUAGUGGGGGCUACCCUUGUCACCCGUCUGGUUCUGCCCACCAUGGUAGAGAGGGGAAAAGGUGCGGUGGUGAACAUUUCUAACGGAAGGUGCUUCCGUCCCGCUUUUGGACGGGUUGCACUCUCAGCAUCAACGGCUUUUCUCAAUAACUUCAGUAGGGCUCUGCACUAUGAAUAUGGACAUCGAGGAAUCUUUGUGCAGAGUUUACUACCUUUUAGAGUUGCAUCUCAAGCACCUGAGGACUACGCUACUGCUGGCUGGUUCGUUCCAAGUCCGCAAGUGUAUGCAAGCCACGCUCUUUCAACCCUGGGCAUAUCUCACAGAACCACAGGAUACUGGCCUCACACCCUCCAGUUUCGGCUGGUGCAAUGCUUGCCAGAGUGGGUGUGGAUGCUGGGCACGCGCGUAUUGACAAGGGCCACUUGAGAAGGCUCCUACCCCCUCGACUUCCUCGUUCUUGAAAUUUUAUUUGAUAUUUCAGGUUCAUAUAGAACAAACUUUUUAAGCCCAUUCAUAAUACAUGAUUGAUGGAAGUGUGACGCUGAAAAUGCUGUGUUACAUCUCUGUUUUUCAGUUUAUUUGCACAGUAGUUUUGUAGGUGGUUUGAACGAUAAUGCUUGGAUUAAAUAGAUAUUUUUGCACUAUUGUUUUUUGAUACUUUAAUCCACACUUGGCAAAGAUCAUAUAUUUAGAAGUAAGGGCUUUUGUAAAUAUGGUAUUUAUUUCAACUACUAGGGUUUUUGAGUUUACUGGUUAUACUCAGCAAAGAUGUGUUUUCUUGAUUGUAGCAUUAUGUAACCAGGGUUUGGUAUCUAUUUACCACCAUAAAACAUCAAUAAAAAGCUUCUGUGCCAAAAAUGCCUCACAUUCACUACCACUUUAUAUAUUUUGACCAUCUUCAUAUUUUUAAUUGAUUUUUCGUUAGUACUUUUUCAUAUAAUUGUAUACUGUAGAUGUUUUUUUGUUUGUAGAGUGUUUAUACAAGAGACAGUAUUAUCUCUGAUUAGUUUGGUCGAAUGUUGUGUCUAAGCUUGCCAAGAAUACAUAAUGCCCUUUCUAUAUGUAUCUCAAUUAUAUAACCCCAGCUAAACUGUAAAAAACACUUUUAUUGUCUUGGACUUAGUAUAUCAUCCUAUCAGCAAUGUCUUCAGGCAAAGGUGAGAUUUUGACCAGAACUAUCUGUUUGGAUCAGAUGGGGAGUGUUUGGGGAACCUGAUUAAAAACAAUCGUUAUUUUUGCAGAUCUGUUUGGUGGCACGGGUAAUGGGGAACUUCACUUUAAUGGUUGUUCGGGGUUUUAGAGCAGGGCCAUUGACACCCCUCUAUCACAAAACGUCAUGUCUUAUCGUUUUACAAGAGAAUCACAAAUAAUGUCUCUUCGUUCCUGUUCAGCAGAAUGGGUUUGAGGAAAAAAGUCCUUGGGAAUGUCUAUACUGAUAAAAAUGUAUAGCUUCAAAGUAAGUCACUAAGGCAGAAUGUUAGGGAUAGUUUACCCGAAACAAAAA